AUGAGUGCCAUGUCCACCCCAGUUUCCCGGGUGCGUCCAGGAUGGACGUCGUCCUCGUUAAAGGACAAGGGUUUGUCCCCUGCAGCCUGCAGCACCCCGCUGCUCACAGCUUUCCCUGGCAAUGACGACGAGCAGGAGCGUCGUCAGCGCAGGAGGUCCAGAGUCAUUGACCUUCAGUCUGCCAACGAUUCUUCCUUCAAUGAUUCUGCUUCUCACAGUGCUGUGGGGACUCCUGCUGCUGUACCCAAGUUGUCAAAUGCUCAAAUUUCAGAGCACUACUCCACCUGCAUAAAACUUUCCACUGAAAAUAAAAUUACCACCAAAAAUGCCUUUGGUCUCCACCUGAUUGAUUACAUGGCAGACAUUCUAAAACAGAAGGAUUCUGAGCUCACCAACUUUAAGGUGGCUGCUGGCACUCUGGAUGCCAGCACAAAGAUCUACGCUGUGAGGGUGGAUGCUGUUCAUGCUGAUGCCUACAGGGUGCUGGGUGGUCUUGGGGCUGAGACAAAACCUGGAGAUGGUUGUGGUCCGGAAGAGGAAAGAGAUGAUGCUGCAGGAGAUGAAAAUGCCAACCAGUCCAAGAAAAAGAGGCCUCCUAAAAGAACAGUUGAGCAGAACCCGAGUAACAUUAAUAGUGCAGAAUCUGAGAGAAAAUGUGAGGUGGACCCCAUGUUUCAGCGACUGGCCUCAUCCUUUGAUGAGACGAGCACGGCGGGUGUCUUCCUGUCCGUCCUCUUCAGUGACAGCAGUCGUUGUGAGCUGCUGUUUCCCUCACACAUGACCCUCCUGCAGUCCAGACCUUUCUACUCUCUUCCAACUCCACAGAAAGUCUCUGCAUCACCGUUCAAACCUGGACUGCAACGUUCCCAGGAGGAAAGCUCCAUCUGCCCGUCGCUGCAGGACUUUUCCUUCACAAGCUGGAACCCGGAGCAGACCAUGAAUCAGCUUUUGGAGAAGAUGAAGCAGGGUGAACACGUGUUUGAUGUGAAUGCUGACCCAGAGCCUGAACCAAAGGAAGAUGGUUGCCCUGACUUUGAUGCAGAUUAUGAGGAGGGAUCAGCCGACUAUGAAGAGGAGUCUAAGGAGCACAAAGAGGGCUGUGAAGGUUCUGGAUCUGGCAAAGGAAGGGAUGUGAUUCCCAUCGGUGAGGGGGACAUUGCCACCAUGUGUCUGCAGCUGUCCUCUCAGCCUAGAGAGUAUUCGUACUUCAGCCCCAGGACUAUGGCCACGUGGGCUGGUCCUGGAUACUGGCAGUUCAAACCAAAGCACAAAUUGGACCAUUUGCCUGACAAGAAGACCUACAAAAGGAAGCUUAAAAAGUCUUUUGAAAUAGACUUUAGUGAUGAAGUCAACUUUGACACUUACUUCUGCACCACAAUGGCAGCCACCACUAACAGCAAAUCUGCGCUCAGUACAAGCAAAAAGAAAACUACCUUACCUGCAGAUUUCCAGUUUCCGCCUGAGAAGCUGUCCCAGCUCAGCCUCAAACCCUCCAACUCGUUAAGUCUAGAAGGCCAGAAGAGGCGGUCGGGAGAGCUUGGAGAAGGCAUUGGUGAUUACGACUACAACAACGCCAAUGAUACAGUUAACUUUUGUCCAGGUCUUCAGGGUAGUGACAGUGAUUAUGAUGUUGAAGGAUUUGCUGCUUCAGAUGACAUGCAGCCCUCAGGUGACAAUAUACCUCCACACUCACAAGAUCUUGAGGAUAUGUCCACGUACGGGGAGGACAAUCUGGUUCCUGAACCACACAGGGUCAACAAAAUUGAAAUCAACUAUGCCAAGACAGCAAAGAAAAUGGACAUGAAGAGACUUAAGAACAACAUGUGGACUCUUCUGACUGAAAGCCCAGAAAAACCAGCACAGCAGGUGGAGACUCAAGAGACACCAGAAGUGAGUGGAGAGAAAGUUUUCAGCCAGACCACAAAGACACUGCUUCAAAGAUUGCCGAACACUAUGGCUCAGAACCUGUCUGUCCCCCUGGCAUUUGUUGCUCUGCUUCAUCUGGCCAAUGAAAAGAACUUGGAGCUGGUGAAGGUUGAUGACAUGUCUGAUAUCAUCAUCAGGCAAGGCCAAUGA